AUGUACGCCAAACCUAAGCUUUCGUUGAGCAUUUCUGCCGCUCAGAACGCCUCUCGGCCGGCGUUGUCGUUGAAGUCCCCCGGUGCCAUUCCUCGCACACCCAUCUCUCCCGCCAGUCCCAGUGCCAAGCGGUUCUCCUUCUUCCAAGUCCAGAGCUACGGUUAUACCAACUCCUGUUCGUCGAAGAGCAUCCUCAAGAAACACUCUGCGGGCGUUCCGAGUCACGCAGAGAAGCGAAUCCACUUCAAAGGCACCCCCACAGUUCACUGCGUGACGCCGAUUGAGAACCCCGAGGAGUACUACGGCACGUACACCAAGCUGUCGCGCGAGGAGCGACGUUGGACGCCGCGAGAAUGA